UCGAAAAUGCGGACAUUGCAAUGAGAUGAUGAAAUUAGUAAACGCAAAUGACAGAUCGGACGGUUUAAAGUGGGAAUGCAGGAGGCAAAUUGACGGGAAGCGACACAGGGUUGAAAUGUCGAUUCGAAAAGACAGUUGGUUCGAGGAAAGCAACCUGACCCUUGCAGAAAUUGUGAAAUUAACAUACUGGUGGUGCAGAGGGGUAAGCCAGGAGAACAUUCGGCACGAAGUCAACAUAAGCGAACAUACGGCAGUAGAUUGGGAUAGCUUUUGCCGAGAGAUUUGCGAAGUCACACUUCUAGAGAGAGAAGAAAAGAUCGGCGGACCAGGAAAGACUGUUCAAAUCGACGAAAGCAAGUUUGGAAAAAGAAAAUACCAUCGAGGACAUAAAGUUGAAGGGCAAUGGGUAUUUGGGGGAAUCGAAGAAGAAUCUCGAAGAAGUUUUAUGGUAGCCGUUGAGAAACGUGACGAGGAGACCUUGUUGCCAUUAAUAAAGCGUCACAUAGCCGAAGGUAGCACGAUAGUCUCAGACUGCUGGAAAGCGUAUGUGAACCUGAAGAAGCAUGGAUAUGUUCAUAAGUGUGUUAAUCACUCAAAAGAGUUUGUUAACACUGAUGGCGAUCAUACAAACAAGAUAGAAGGUCAUUGGCGACAAGCAAAGACAAAGAUGCCUGACUUUGGCACACGAAAAUACAUGUUUUCGUCCCACUUGGCAGAGUUCUUGUGGCGUUAUGAACACAAAGGAAGUGACCUAUUUUUAAGAUUUCUUGUAGACGUUAAAAAGAUGUAUGGAAAUUUUUAAAGUGUAUCCAUACUGUAAUUAUGUA